AUGCAGUUGAUUUAUUUUCCGUACUAUCUAUCUAUCUAUCUAAGUUUCUAUCUAUCUAUCUAUCUAUCUAUCAAUUUAUUUUCAUCUUUACGCUAUCUAUCUAUCUAUCUAUCUAUCUAUCUAUCUAUGUUAUUCUGUUCAUGUCUCUCUCUCUCUCUCUCUCUAUCUAUCUAUCUAUCUAUCUAUUUCAAUCUCUUUAUUUUUUUUCAUUAUCUAUCUAUGUUAUUCCGUUCAUGUCUAUCUAUCUAUCUAUCUAUCUAUCUAUCUAUCUAUCUAUCUAUCUAUCUAUCUAUUUAUUUCUUUCCAUUCUUUCUUAAUUAUUCGUUUUUUUUUUUAAUUUCAUUUUGUUCUUUUUAUUUCCUCAUCAUUUUUCAUUCUUUUUCUUCAUUUAUAUUUUUACCUGUUUUCUUUCACUCACUUCCUUUUUUCUUUCUUUUCCUUUCUGCAUUCUUUCAUGUAUUUUUCCACUUUUAUCUUUCUCUUUUAUUUUUCAUUAUUUUUGUUCUUUUUUAUUUUACCUGCUUUCUCUUUGAUUUUUUCUUUUCCUGCAUUUUUACACUUUUAUUUUCCUCCUUUAUUUUUCUCUUUCAUUUAUUUUUUUCUUUUCUGCCAUAUUGUCGUACUUAUUUUUUUCUUUCUCUUUUUCUAUUUUUUCUUUUUCCUUUGUUUCUUCCUCAUUGCUUUUUUUCUUUCUUUUUUUUUCGCUUUUUACCUUUUUCCUUACCCUCUUGA